GGAACUCUUAUUUCUAAAGGGGUGGUCACUCAUUUGUAUUCAAUUUGUAUUCCAAGACAGAGCAGGCUUUCUUUGUAUGGUUAACAUGGUCACGGGACCUUAGCUGUUAUAUUUAGAAGGUGAGAGCGAAAGCACAUAGCGGUGUGAGUAGGGUCGCGGUUCCUCUGACUGUCUUUUCUCAAGGGCGUGCGUGUGGUGCUGCAGGGAAAGGAGGAGGAAGAGAGAGGUGGGUCGUGGGGGAUGGCCGCUGUUACAUUGCACACAAUCACCAAAAUAGGACAGAAGCGACCAGCUGUGACGUCCUUCCAUGCUCUAAAUUGAGCUGUCUGUGUUUUUUGUGUUUAUGGAGAGGAGCAACCACAAAAGGCAGUCACUGAGGAGCAUUCAUGGACAAAAGAAAGAUAUCAUGUCACAUCAGCAGAUUGAGGCCUACACCUACGAGUUCUGUGACCCAGACCAUCCAGUUGAGCUCCUGGAUGCUCUCAGGUGUUUCUACUUCAACAGACUGUUUACUGACGUCAUCCUACAAUGUGCAGAUGACUCAGGUCAGAUGUUCCACUGCCAUAAGGCGCUACUUUCUGCCAGGAGCGCGUAUUUCCAGAUCAUGUUCACAGCCGAUAUGAAGGAGAGAUCCAACAGCGUCAUCAAGCUGGCUGGGGUGGACUGCGAGGUUCUGGCGAUUUUGAUCGACUACGUUUACACGGCUCAAGUGAGCAUUACUGAGAAGAACGUGCAAAGUCUGCUGGAGGCCGCAGACCUGCUGCAGUUCGUCUCAGUUAAACGCGCAUGCGAACGCUUUCUCGUUCGUCUACUGGAUGUGGACAACUGCCUGGGUAUGCAUGCGUUCGCUAAACUUCACGUGUGCCCUCGACUCGAGCGUGAAGCCAGCAGAGUGAUCCAGAGCAGGUUUGCAGAACUGAUCCGACAGGAGGAGUUCCUUGAGCUGGAUCCAAAUAGGAUACGGACACUUCUGGAUGCUCAGAUGCUUAGCGUGCCAAGGGAUGAAGUGCUGAUUGACGCAGUAGCCAAAUGGGUGAUACACGAUUUAGAGAACCGCAUUCAUCACGCUGUGGACUUGCUGCGGUCUAUCCAUUUGGACCUCGAAGAGAGUGACUUCAAGACUACCUCGGAGCUGUACAGGCAAUGCUUAGAGGGGGGCAACGAGAGAUUUAAGUCAAUGAUCAAGCAGGGUUCGAAACUCAAAAGUAAGGCCAUCGCUGGUGGGAAAACAAACAUGUACAUUAUUGGAGGAUACUACUGGCACCCUCUUUGUGAAGUUCACAUAUGGGAGCCCACGAGCGACACCUGGUUAAGAGGAAAAGACAUGCCGGACAAUGCCAGGGAGAGCUACAGUGUAGCUUCACAAGGGGCAGAUAUCUAUGUAACUGGAGGUUACAGAACCAACACAGUCGAAGCCCUUGAUACUGUUUUUAUUUAUAACUGCGACUAUGACGAAUGGACGGAGGGCUGCCCCAUGAUCACAGCCAGAUACUACCAUUGUUCUGUUGCUUUGCAUGGCUGCAUUUAUGCAAUUGGAGGCUACAGAGGAGGAGCUCCAGAGCAGGAGACAGAAUUUUAUGAUCCACUGAAAAAGGAAUGGUUUUCUGGGGCAAGAAUGAUCCAAGGUGUAGGAAAUGCCACUGCUUGUGUGAUGGGAGAUAAAAUCUACGUGACUGGAGGCCACUAUGGGUUCAGAGGAAGUUGCACCUAUGAAAAAAUCCAAGUCUAUAGGCCAGACAUUAGCGAGUGGAGCAUCAUUACAAUAAGCCCUCAUCCAGAGUAUGGUCUUUGUUCUGUAUCUCUGGAGAACAAACUUUAUUUGGUGGGUGGACAAACAACAAUCGCAGACUGCUUUGACACGCAGAGAGGGGAAUGGAGCUCAAUAUCAGUGAUGAAGGAGAGGAGGAUGGAGUGCAGCGCUGCAGUGAUAAACGGUUGUAUCUAUGUGACAGGUGGAUACUCAUACUCGAAGGGGACAUAUCUGCAAAGCAUUGAGAAGUAUGACCCACAACUGGAUACAUGGGAGAUUGUCGGGGUGCUUCCCAGUCCAUCCAGAUCGCAUGGUUGCGUCUGUGUAUACAGUGUAUGAGGUCAAGAUCUUUACUUGCUCCUUUAGGUUGUCAUCAUGUGCCAAACAUAUUGAAUGAACUGAUGUUCCUUUUGGAAACUAUGCAAGUUUUAAUGAGUAUUAUUUAAUGAAGCUAAUUGCUGAAGCCUGAGAAAUGUCUAUUACAUAUUCCUAUUUAUUUAUACUAUCAUUUAAGACAAUUUGAAUUGUUUUAUGUAUAAGGGACUAGUACAAACUACUGUAUUAGAUAUUCAGCUCUUUGCGAAAAAGAAUGUAUUUAUCAAAGCAACAAAAAAAAUCUUGUUUGGCCUUCUUGCUGCUGUUAGAUUGGUCUGUGGAAAAGCAAUUGCAUUGUACUGAGCCAUUAAAGUGUGUGCAGGGACUAUUGAUAAUUCAAUUAGUUACACAUUUGUUCACACUAGGCAUUCUUCCCUUGUAGAAUUGUUCCACUAGUUCAAACGUGAGUAAUUCAAUCACUACACGACUGUAUUCUAUUAUCUCUGCAUUGACGGCGAACCAAAUGGUUCAUCUUGUCUGAUUUGAUGCAAAAAUUAAACAUUUGAUAAAUCACUGUUAAUGCGUUGACUGACACUAACAGCGACAGAUGUUUUAUCCAUUGGAAAUUAUAUGGCUGGCCAUAGACUUUACUAUAAGUUGACGUGACAUGGGGCUCGGGGCCGAGCUGUAGGGGGCCUAUUUUAAAAAACCUAAAAUUCUACAAUUUCCAAAACCAAAGGCACUAGCGACCUAAAACCAAAACAGGCACCUCCUUUAGGCAUAUAUGAGUCUCCAUGAGCAGGGGCAUCAAAAAAUUCAAAGUCGUUCCAUAACGAAAUCCUAAUUAAUUUUUAUAGAAGUAUAACAAAACUUAAAAUGGCUAUAAAAUUCUCAGCUUUUAUGCUAGAUGCACAAAAAUCACCAAAUGCAGAGAUAAUCACCUAUAUUUUCAGGAUCAAUAGCAACGUUUAACGUAUCAUAUAGGUUUUUGCCAGAAAUAGCAACUUGAUUUUUUU